AUGGCGUUGCUGUGCUGCUUUUUGGCAUCAGUACUUGCUGUGCCUGUGGAGCAGUACACUGACAAGUAUGACAACGUCGACCUUGAUGAAGUCUUUUUAAACCCUAAGCUGUUUAAUGGGUAUGUCGACUGCGUCCUCGACAAGGGCCCGUGUACUCCUGAUGGCAAAGAAUUAAGACAUAACCUUCCAGAUGCACUUCAAACUGGCUGUGAGAAAUGUACUAAGAAGCAAGAAAAUGGAGUCAUUACGGUAAUAAAACAUUUGAUUGAGAAAAAACCAGACACUUGGAAGGAAUUGACCGAAAAGUACGAUCCUGAAGGUAUCUGGAAGAAGAAAUACGAAGACCAAGCGAAAGAAAAAGGUAUCAAACUCCCU